AUGAAUGUUGUUGGGGAGAUCGUUCUUUCUACUUUUGUAGAGGGUGUGUUGGAUAAGUUGCUUUCUAUGGACUUCUUGAACCCUAUACGGAGUGAGGAACUCAAUAAGCCCCUGGAGAAGUUGAAGUUAACAUUACCCUCUGUUGCUACAGUUGGGAAUGAUGCAGAGGAAAAGCGAUUUGAGAAGCCCGUUAUCGGAGCUUGGCUGAAGCAGCUCAAACAUGCGGUUUACGAUGCAGAGGAUGUGUUGGAUGAGAUUGCAUUCAAAGCAAUGGAAGAUCAGCAGGAACCCCAGUCUCAAAUCAAUAGAAAGGUAUGGGAUGUCUUCUCUAAAUGUCGCAAGAUUAUUUCUGAUACGUUAAAUGAUGAUAGGGAGAAGAUCAUUCGAAUGUUGAUAUCUGAUGAAAAUGUUAGCUCUAAUGGUUUCUGCGGAAUACCCAUCGUUGGAAUGGGAGGGGUUGGCAAGACAACCCUUGCUCGAUUAGUCUGCAAUGACUAUACAGUGAAGCUAUGGGUCUGCGGAGCAUUUCGACUUGAAUGUAUGGGAGAAAUUGUCUGCAAAAAGUUCUUACUCACUCUAGAUGAUGAUCAAUGGAUUGCCUUUCGAAGGCCUUUUACAACUGGUUCGCAAGUUUUCAAGAUUUUGAUAACUAAAAGGAAUGCGGGUGUUUCAUCAAUCAUGCGCAAUUGUCCCUGA